AUGAAGGGCAAGAAGUUUCUCAGCCUGCGAGACAGGAAUGGCAACCAUCGCAGGAGCAAGUCCUCAGAGCCAGGACAAAAGAGCCGACCACUUUCAGCCGAAGCCUUUAGAUCGCUCUUCAAGGGCGACGCCGCACGGCAAACACAAAAUGAUGAGGAGCUGAAGGAGAAGGAGAUGGCAAAGAUUGAGGAUAUAAUGCAACUCCUCGCCGAAUCCAACAUUACAGACGUUUCCGCCGAACACAUUCGCGACUCUUUGAACAGCAAAUUUGCCGAGGGCGAUGUCCAAAAGACUGUCGAGUUUAUCCAGAUGCAAUGCAAAGCAAUGGCUGGCAAGAUUACACAUUAUAACCCCCAGGUCGAAAUGGUCGGCGCCGAGAAUAGGGGCAACGUUACAUGUUACCUCGACUCGCUACUCUUUGCCAUGUUUGCCAAGCUGGACGCAUUCGAAUGCAUGCUCAAGAACGAUUUCUCGGACGAGCCCAAAAGGAGACUGGUCACACUGCUACGUCUAUGGGUAAACAUGCUAAGGAGUGGAAAAAUGAUCCACACGGACAUGACCAAACUUAUACAAGAUGCUCUCGCCGACUGUGGCUGGAGCGACGCCAAGCUGCUGGAGCAGCAGGAUACUUCCGAGGCCUUCGCAUUCAUUACCGAGACACUACAGCUCCCCCUUUUGCAACUACAAGUCGACCUAUUCCACCAAGGAAAGAAUGAUAAGGACGACCACAAACUCGUCUAUGAACGAUUAUUAAAUUUGGCGGUGCCUCCUGAUCCUGAUGGCAAGGGCAUUCGGCUAGAGGAUUGCUUAGAGGAGUACUUCAACACUCAAGUUGACGUACUCAGGGACAGACAUGAGGAGAAGAAAGAGCUUGCGCAAACCACUCCCAACAAGAACACAAUUCGUCUUGUGACACCCGAGCAUAGCACCGACUUCGAAGCCGCAGAUGUGCUGAGCUCAUCCCCUCUUCAACUGUCACCGGCUCUAGAACGACGAUGGACAGCAUCGCAAGCGCCCAACGGCGCCCCUGAAUCUCCCGGCGGCUCUUCGCGCCCUGCUCCUCGGCAUCGUUCCACCAGUGUCAUUCAGCGUGUCGUACUUGAAGAGAAACAAAACUCGACGGAAUCUGACACGCCAACUAUGUUAGAAAAGGCCAAACGAACAAGCUCGACAGUGGUCAAGGCCGUGACCAUUCCUGCUUGGCAAUUCUUCAAGUUGAUUCCAUGGCAUGCGGCCGGAAACAAGGAGCCCAAAAACGACAUGGAGGUGGCCAUGAACUUCAACCAGAGACCUGUUGUCGGAAUCUGCUUGAAGCGGUACAUGAUGACAAACUCUGGUGUUCCACAGCGUCACAAUACGUUUAUCGACAUCCCCGAUAGCUUGAGGCUGCCACACUUCAUGCUUGCAGGUGAAACUCAACUCGAAGAGGAUCCCAAUGGCUUCAGCAUGGAAUACAAGCUAGUUCUCCAGUCGGUGAUUUGCCACCGGGGAGACUCGCUUUACAGCGGACAUUAUGUAUCGUUUGCGCGGGUUGCGCCCAAGCUCCUCACGGACAAUAGGCGGCACGAUCUCGAUCCUCCUCCCGAUUACGAAGAGGCGCAAUGGGUUAAAUUCGAUGAUUUGAACAUUGAAAGCAGGGUAACCUAUGUGGACGAUAUCAAGCAAGCACUGAAGGACGAGAUGCCUUAUCUGCUUUUCUACCAGAUCGUACCCAUGGUAGAAGUCGCUUCAACGGAAGAAACCGAAACGGAACCACCGUCUUACAAUGAGUCGAAGGUCAGCAUCAACCUGCCAGCUUCGCCCAACCCACAAGAGGGGACUCACUCGGGCAUUCCGUCAUCAAAGAGCGACUACUUUGAAAACACUUCGAUAUCACCACCGAAAGCACCAAGCAUCCGAUUCUCGUCUGAACUCGAGAGGCCUAGCCGCCUGAGCUUUGAUGAUGAGCCUUAUGGCUUAGGGUUCAAGGAUUCUCGUCGCGGCAGCGUCACCUUCACAGACUCUACAUUGGGCACACCGGCGAUCACCCCGGAGGCUGUGUCUCCCGCCCUCACACCGAACGAAGAAACAACAGCGCAGCGGCUAUCUCGAGCCGCGGCCCGUUUUACCGCAAAGAGCAAGAGCAGACCCACAAGUCAGGCAGGAGAGGGGCGGAUUAGCCUCACCAUGACCCGACUCGGAGGACUAAUGCGGCCAAGCAAGGAACCGUUGCGAGAACCGACGAACGGCAAUGCACUAGCAACAUCUGUUAGCGCUCCUCUGCCCGAUCCUGUUACUGAGGAGCAGUUCGUCGAAGAUGCCGCCGCUGAAGAAACCCCACACGCCGAUACCGAGAGAAAAGAUUCUAAGGAGUUGAAGGAGAGAAAAUCAGGGGAGCACCACCACAGACAUCAUCAUACCCACAAACGGAACAAGUCCAAGGAGAAGAAGAACAAGGACGGCGAACCCGAGCGGGAAUGUGUUGUCAUGUAA